UAUUUUUUUCCGCGUACAGUCAGUUCGUCGGACUCCGUUGACGCCUUCAAUCCGCAUAAAUGAUAAACCCUAAAACGCAAAUAUCCAACGAAUAUUUUUUCGUCGCCUACUUGUAACAGUUUGCCAAAAACCCUACCUACUCCAUCAGAGGAAGGCUACUUUUUUCUCUUCCAACUCGAACCUAGAAGCAAAGAUGGUGAAGAAGAGCAAAAAGAGCAAGAGCAAGAGAGUACCAUUGAAGCAGAAGCACAAGGUCAUAAGGAAGGUGAAGGAGCACCAUAAGAAGAAGGCCAAGGAGGCCAAGAAGCUAGGCCUUACGCGAAAGAAGAAGCCUGAGAAGGACCCCGGCAUCCCCAACGACUGGCCCUUCAAGGAACAGGAGCUCAAGGCCCUCGAAGCCCGCCGCACCCGCGCUCUUGAGGAGUUGGAGCAAAAGAAAGCCGCCCGAAAAGAAAGGGCUCAAAAGAGGAAGUUGGGGUUACUAGAGGAUGAUGGUAUCUCCAAAUUGGCUGAAACUUCUCCAGAAGGACAGAAUUCCAGAGAGGGAAAGGGUAGCAAGCAUUCCAUGGGAACUGGGAAAAACCGGGAUAAUGCAGACAGAGCUUUCUACAAGGAGUUGGUUAAGGUCAUUGAAGCAUCAGAUGUUAUUGUGGAGGUUCUAGAUGCUCGCGAUCCCCUAGGUACUCGCUGUGUUGAUAUGGAGAAGUUGGUGAUGAAAUCCGGUCCUAAUAAGAAUCUAGUGUUGCUUCUGAAUAAAAUUGAUCUUGUUCCUCGAGAAGCUGUUGAGAAGUGGCUCAAGUAUCUUAGGGAAGAAUUACCAACGGUUGCAUUUAAGUGCAGUACUCAACAGCAAAGAUCAAAUUUAGGGUGGAAGUCGUCAUCCAAGGCAGCAAAACCAAGCAAUCUUCUGCAAACGAGUGAUUGUCUAGGAGCUGAAACUCUUAUUAAAUUGUUGAAGAAUUACUCGAGAAGCCAUGAGAUCAAGAAGUCAAUUACUGUGGGUAUUAUUGGCCUGCCCAAUGUUGGUAAGAGUAGUCUCAUUAAUAGUUUGAAGAGGUGCCAUGUCGCCAAUGUUGGUGCUACUCCUGGAUUAACAAGAUCAAUGCAAGAAGUGCAUUUAGACAAGGAUGUCAAAUUGCUGGACUGCCCUGGUGUUGUAAUGCUUAGAUCUGAAGCAAAUGAUGCAUCUGUAGCUCUUCGAAAUUGCAAAAGAAUUGAAAAGUUGGAUGAUCCAAUUGGUCCAGUGAAGGAAAUUCUAAAGCUUUGCCCUGCCAGACUGUUGGUAACUCUGUACAAGAUCCCAAGCUUUGACUCGGUUGAUGACUUUCUGCAGAAAGUGGCUACAGUUCGGGGUAAGCUGAAAAAGGGCGGGAUUGUGGAUGUUGAUGCUGUAGCAAGAAUUGUUUUGCGUGACUGGAAUGAGGGUAAAAUUCCGUAUUACACUAUGCCCCCAACUAGAAAUCAAGGAGAACCUUCGGAGGCCAAGAUUGUUACUGCACUUGGGAAAGAGUUUAACAUUGAUGAUCUUUAUAACAAUGAAUCUUCAUUCAUCGGAAGCCUCAAGUCUGUUGAUGAUCUGAAUCCUGUUGAAGUUCCUCCAAGCCGCCCUCUCAGUUUUGAUAAUGACAUGCUAGAGAACGAUGAAGAACCAAAGCCAUCAACUCAAGGUGGUGAAGCCCUCAAAGGCAUGGCUGAUGAUGGGGACGAUGUGCCCAUGGCAGGUGAAGAAGGUGAAGCCAGCAAGGACAAGGUUAAAACUGCUACUGGCAGGCAGAAUGAGAAGCUAUAUGCAGUUGAAAGUAUACUUAAUACAAAGAUGAAAAGAGCUGAGAAGAAGAGAAGGAAAAAAGCUGAAAAAUCAAUUCCAGAAAAUGCAAUGGAUGAUGACUAUGACUUCAAAGUGGACUAUGUCAACAAAGGAUCUGCCAUGAAUGUCGGUGAUGGGAGCGAGGGUGAGGAUGAUGGCAAUCAAAUAAUUGGAGAGGUAGCCAUGUCUGGUGUCGAGUUCGUUGAUGAGUGAUGGAGAGAGAGUAAACCGUGACUAAAUCAUGCUUUUCUUUCUCUUCAAAUAAACAGCACGCUCGUUAUUUUAGUUUUUUGGCAAGAUCCCAUAUUGUUGGAUAGUCUAGUUUAUGUUGCUAUGGUGACAACUUAUGGUACCUGAAAAAGAGGAAGAUAGUUUGUCACAGGAUCCUUUUUGAGAAGUGAUCGGCCAUUUUACGAAUGAAAUCUCAGAAAUUAGAUUUUCA